AGAUCAGCCGUCAACAUGACUACCAAGAAUGGACUUAUAACUGAUUCAUUCAAGGUGGUGAAGAAGGCAAGAAAAGUGGCAAAGCGGGAUGAGAAGCCAGCUCCUCCACCACAGAAUGCCGAAACUUCAAUACGUCAACACGAAGAGCAACAGAAACUGAUACAGUUUGACCUGGACUGGAGAUUUGGGCCUAGUACAGGUAUCAGCAGGCUUCAAAGAUGGGACCGGGCAAAACUUCAUGGUUUGAAUCCACCCGAGGACAUCAGAGAACUGCUGCUCUUAAAACAAAAUGGUCAAGAGUACAAGCUGAGUUUGUGGAGCCAAUAUCCUCUAUGAUGAUGAAUCAAGAUGAGGAAAACCUGAGCAUCAAGGAUUGUUUUGUUGGAUGCAUUCUUUGGUUUAUGACAAUGUUUGUCUGCGUGUCAUACAGUUUUCUGGCUAGUUGUAAGUAACUGUCCCGUUGAUCACCGGUGUCUGGUAAUUCUUGUGCAUACUGAAGGAUUUUUGUUGCCAUUUGCAUUGCUUCCUUGCUGGAUGGUGGCUUGUCAUCAGGAGUUGAAUCGAUGCCUUGUUGUUUAAAGUUUCGUAGAUUUGCGUCUUUCCGACUCCAAGUGUCUGCUGGAUCUUUUUAAACUUUGUGUCCAAUAGGUUUUUAUUCCGCGUGAAGGAUAUUCCUUUCCAUAGAAUUCCGAGGAUGGGAAUAUUUACUGUACUUACAGUAUACUUGCAUAAUACUUGCAAAAUACUUGAUACCGAGAGUUCAAAAAGCGAAACACGACGAGGUCAAUAGCAAAAGCAGUUUAUGAGCAAGGAAGCGGCAAGGCAAAGGCAAUACUCCAGUAACAGGUGCACAGCAGAGGGGUCCUUAAAUACAGAGUGUAACUAAUCAUAGAUUGGCAUUAUUAUCCAACUGAUGAGACAUUACAAAAAAGAUUUGUUUUUGAGGUGGAGUCAUGUGGUUUAUGUCACACUCACAUGAAACUAUUGAACAUCUGCCAUUUAUUUUCAAUUUUUAUAAAUAUAAUAAUUACACUGGGUAAAUAUCAUGUUUCAAAAAAUGAGCGCAACAAAUAUUUUAAAUCUUCAAUUCGUCUGGAAGAAAGAAGUGAAAGGAUAAAUGGUUUGAUGGAGACUGCAACACAAUAUAAUCUGUUUAUAAGUGAACAGACCCAAUAAUUAUUCAUUCAUUCAUUCAUUCAUCUUCCGAGCCGCUUGAUCCUCACAAGGGUCGCGGGGGGUGCUGGAGCCUAUCCUAGCUGUCUUUGGGCAGUAGGCGGGGGACACCCUGAAUCGGUUGCCAGCCAAUCGCAGGCCACACAGAAACGAACAACCAUUCACACUCACACUCACAACUAGGGACAAUUUAGAGUGUUCAAUCAGCCUGCCACGCAUGUUUUUGGAAUGUGGGAGGAAACCGGAGCACCCGGAGAAAACCCACGCAGGCCCGGGGAGAACAUGCAAACUCCACACAGGUAGGCGGUAGCUGGAAUCGAACCCGGUACCUCUGCACUGUGAAGCCGACGUGCUAGCCACUGGACUACCGGGCCGCCCCCCAAUAAUUAUAUUGCCUUCAAUUUGUUUUAAUUUGACUUAUUUUUGUGUUUAUAUGCAUGUAGAGAUUUUUGUAAAAGGAUUGUGAAUGUUCUUUUUCUGGUUCUACUGUAUCAUAAAAUGGACGUUUGUGAAGAAGGCUAUUUCUAUUCGAGAACGUAUGUAAAUUGAAGAUAAAUAAAGUUUUUGGGAGAAAAAACUAUAACUCCCUAUAUAAA